AUGGCAUGGAGGGACGCAGAUUCUCCUGCAUUAUUGAAGUAUUCCGGCAUGUUCUUGCAGUGCCUUCACCACCUCAUCUGCAACUUUCACAUCAUGCACACCAUCCUGAGUGAGAGCCUUCGCAUGCUCCACUCUGACAUCAAGAAGUCUGGCAAGCUGGAUGACAAUGACUUCUUGGUCAUGGUUGCGCCUUGGAACACUUGCAAGGCUGCCAAUGCCAUCUACCACAUCAAGAGGGGCAAGCUGAUUCCCAUGGUUGAUGAAGAGUUGGAGAAGACCCAGGUGGCCUAUCACUGUCGUCAUGACAACUCAAGCAAGAAGGGCAAGUGCUCGCACCAGGUGGACAAGGGCAAGCAGCAGGCCAAGUGUAUGUGUCUUGAUUUCGAUUUCAGAUUCGCUUGA